UUGUGUGGACUCCUGAGAUGGACACUGCAUUAUUGGCCAUGCUUGUUGAGCAUCACAACAGGGGUGACCAUGCUCAAAAUGGUUGGAAGCCGCAUGUGUACAAUGCUUGCAUAAAGCAUGUGAAGGAGACAUGUGACGUUGUCAUCAACAAGGACAAGAUAAUAGCAAGAAUUAAGACAUUUGACAGACAGUAUGAUAUCAUUAGCAAGAUGCUUGCUCAGAGUGGCUUUGGAUGGGAUUGGGACAAUAACAUGGUGAUGGUUGAAAGUGAUGAAGUGUGGCUUCGAUAUGUGGAGGUACGGAACUCUUCAAUUUUAUGACAUUGCUUUCUUUCGCAACUUGAACAUCAUCUCUAAUAUAUGUGUGUCUUAUGUAGGCAAACAAGGAUGCAGCUUACUACAGGAACAAGUGAAGAAUUGGCAAGCUAUAUCUACUAUAUAUUCAAAAGACCAUGCGACAGGUGCAGGUGCAAAGACAGGAGCUGAGUGUGCUCAACCACAAUCCUCAUCAGUUGCUCAGGUUGGGGAUGAUGAUGCAGAAACUCCUGAGCCGCCCAAGAAGAGGGCACGCGCUGCUGAUGCUAUCCUUAGCAUGGUGGGAGAGCUGAGAUGCACCUUUGACGAGGCUUUGAAGACAACAGAUGCACAAAAGGUGACUCCUCCAUCUGAAAUCCUUGCUGCACUAAAGGAGAUACCUGGUUUGGAGGGUGAUGAUCUGCUGAGAGCUUAUGGGAAGCUCACAGCCAAUGAGCGCACCUUUGAGUCACUCAUGGCACUACCCCGGGACUUGAGGAAGCCGUGGCUCUUGACCUUGCCUCGAUGAUUGCUACCCUUGUGGUUGUUCUUAUGAACUAUUAUUUAUGUACUUUGUAAGACUUAAACUACCCCCUUUCUGCUACUUGUAAGACAUAAACUACGUACUUUGUCCUAUUUGUAAGACAAAAACUACCCGCUUUGUGCUAUGUGUUGGAGACAUAUUUAUCAUCCAUGUUAUAUUGUUCAAAGUCCAAAAAAAUUCAAUUCCACAUGAUGUAUCCAAACAGGAUUUGGAAUUCCAUUUCAGCCUUGAUUCUAGGGAC